AUGGAGAACUCGACUUACGACAAUGAGAAUUUCUCUGAGGAGGCAUUAGAGGAAGAAAGUGUGAUUCUCACAUUGGUUCCAGUUAAUGAAGAACUUAAUGAAGAACAAAUGGAACCAAGUGUUUCUUCAACUUCAGAAGUCAGUCUGAAGAUGCCUGGGUCAAGCGAUAAAGUUUGUCAUCCUCAUAUAAGUGAACGAUUCAAGUUUUGUCCAAAACAUAGUUGUUGUUGUAGUACACCAGCCCCUCCUUUGCCAGCCAGUUUGCCUCCAGUUAAUAAAGUACGUUGGGACAUUUUGCGGAACUGGUGCCAACAACUGAAUUUGAGUACCCAUGGCCGGAAAAUAGAGGUUUAUCUGAGGCUCCAGAAACAUGCUUACUCUGAAACAAACCAGGAGUGUGACAAUGUAAAGACUAUUCCUGAAACACCACCAGAGGCUAAAUCGGAGUCAUGUUCGGCGAAAUGCAAGAUGGUGGCCAAGAUUUGGAAAAGUAGUAAGAGUGAGAGAGGCAGGGGGAUUAAUAUAGUCAAAGUGGUAACUUCAGCACAAGAAGGCAUGUUGGCAGCAUGGUCAAGAAUUGCUGCAAGAGCCAGUCAAUCCAAGUCUGUGAAUUCACGUUCCGUUCCUGCUUCUGUUGAGACCUUUCUGCUGCAAGCCUCUGGUGUCAGGUGGUGUGUGGUCCACGGCAGACCUCUCCUUGCAGACACACAAGGUUGGGUUCGCCUGCAGUUUCAUGCAGGUCAGGCCUGGGUGCCUGACACUCCCAAAAGGAUGAUCUCUCUCUUCCUGUUACCUGCCUGCACUUUCCCAUCUCCAGGCCUAGAAGAUAAUAUGUUAUGCCCUGAAUGUGCUAAAAGAAAUAAGAAGAUGAUGAAAAGAUUAAUUGCACUGGGGAAGGAAAGGCGACCUCAUUUGAACACAUCAACACCAUUCCCUUUGAAUGGGCCAUAUCUUGAUACAGAAUAAAUGAUCGAGAGCCCAGAGCCACCCCUGAAUUGCAUCCCAGUGUUUGCUGCGCUCUGUCCUAGCCAGCCUCAGCAUCACUUGGUAACCUUGAGUACGGAUGUGAA